UGAAACGGAGUAAGUUAUGUAACAGUGAAGGAAAAAAUAAAUUUAAUACUCAUAACAAUGGGGCCUCUCAUGGUGUAGCGUGGGUUUGACUAUGUUUUCAGCUUUUUCUUUUGCUUUCCCAAUUGCAUAUCAAGUUUAGCUACCUGCCUAUGUGAGAAAUAUGGAUCGAGCAAGGUUGAGUAAAAGAACCCGUUGCUCAGGUUCAACACCGUCAGAGGAGUCAGCCUUAGAUCUUGAAAAAUACUGUUGCAGUUACUCUAAUCUUCCUUCACUUAGUCCACCAACACUUCAACCUUAUGCAUCGGCUGGACAACACUCUGAGGGUAAUGCUGCAUACUUCUCCUGGCCUAGUCGGAAUGAUGCUGCUGAAGAGAGAGCAAACUAUUUUGCGAAUCUUCAGAAAGGGGUUUUGCCAGAAACUCUUGGCAGAUUGCCUGAGGGGCAGAGAGCGACAACCUUGCUUGAUCUCAUGACUAUAAGGGCAUCUCAUAGCAAACUCUUGCGUUGCUACAGCCUCGGUACAGCAAUUGGUUUUCGUAUUCGACGUGGUGUUUUGACUGAUAUACCAGCAAUACUAGUGUUUGUAUCCCGCAAAGUUCACAAACGAUGGCUUAGUCCAAUUCAGUGUCUACCUACUGCUUUAGAGGGUCCUGGAGGUGUGUGGUGUGAAGUGGAUGUGGUCGAGUUCUCCUAUUUUGGUGCACCAGAGCCGACACCCAAGGAACAGUUGUACACAGAGAUAGUCGAUGACCUGCGGGGUAGUGACCCCUGUAUUGGUUCAGGAUCUCAGCAAGGUGAAUACAUUGAAGGGUCUGCAGGGAAAAGGUUUUGUUUGUCAACAAAUCAGUUGAGCUUCUUUGUUGAGAUCUCCAGACAUUUUAAACUGCAUUUAGGAAGAAUGGGAGAUAAACAAUUAAAGAGUCUGCAGAAGAAAUCAGCUGUAGCAAGCCAGGAGACAUAUGGAACCUUGGGUGCUAUUGUGAGGAGCCUAUCAGGCAAUCGACAAGUUGGUUUCCUAACAAAUCGGCAUGUUGCUGUUGACUUAGAUUACCCAAAUCAGAAAAUGUUCCAUCCUUUACCUCCAACACUUGGACCUGGGGUAUAUCUGGGUUCAGUGGAGAGAGCUACAUCUUUUAUCAGAGACGACCUUUGGUAUGGCAUAUUUGCUGGCGUAAAUCCAGAGACAUUUGUUAGGGCAGAUGGUGCAUUCAUCCCUUUCACAGAUGAUUUUGAUAUGACCUCUGUGACUACUUCUGUAAAGGGUAUAGGGGAAAUUGGAGAUGUCAAAGUUAUAGAUUUGCAAUCUCCUAUUAUUAGUCUCAUUGGGAAGCAGGUGAUGAAGGUCGGAAGAAGCUCUGGAUUGACUACAGGGACUGUUUUGGCAUAUGCCCUUGAAUACAAUGAUGAGAAAGGGAUUUGCUUCUUGACCGAUUUUCUUGUCAAUGGAGAAAACCAGCAGACGUUUGACCUUGAAGGAGACAGUGGAAGUUUAAUCGUGUUAAAGGGUGAGAAUGGGGAGAAACCCCGACCAAUUGGUAUUAUUUGGGGUGGAACUGCAAAUAGGGGGCGGCUUAAACUAAAAGUGGGACAAUCUCCUGAAAACUGGACUAGUGGAGUUGACCUUGGGCGCCUGCUUAAUUUCCUUGAACUUGAUAUCAUCACAAAAGAAGAAGCUCUAAGAGUUGCAGUACAAGAACAGAGAGCUGCCUCUGCCACAGUGGUGGGCUCUACAGCUGGGGAUUCUUCACCUCCUGAUAUAAUGCUUCCAAAGGACAAAAUAGAGCCUCUUGGGCUUCAUAUUCAACAAAUUCCCUUAGAAGAUGGUGUUGGUGGGCCCGAUAUAAACUCUUCGCCUGUGGAAGCUACAUUUAACUUGGAAGAAGGUGGGAUUAACUUCGGUGCAAGUGUCGAACAUCAAUUCAUUACAAGCUUCAAUGGGCAACCUCCGGCUAAUCAAGAAGAUCACCGUGAUAAGUCAGCAUACGAGAAUCUCUCAGCUUUGAGGAAAGGCUCCGAUGAAGACAUCAGCUUUUCCUUGCAGUUGGGUGGUCAUGAAUCCAAGAGAAGACAUUCAGAACCUUCACCAAGCACAGAUGAACCAGAAUGAUUUUCUCCUUUUAUCUGCUAGUGUAUUUUACUUUGAGGUCUUUCAGGUAGCGGUAAAAGGAAAUGCAUUUGGUGUUUGGAGGUGCUGAGUUUUCAUCUCGAUGCAAAUUUGUGUAUGGGAAGUUUUGUAUUUGAACAUGUCUCUAGUGCAAAAUCCAAGUGUAGAAUACAUGCAAGUUAAGAGCAGCUCAUUUCUUGAGCUAUUUCGAUUCUUGGAA